AUGUCCGCAGUCCUCGUCAGGCGAUGUAGCGGGAGUCGGGGUGUCUUUGUCCGUGGACGGUGGGCGAGAUCUGCCACUCAUUGUCGGGGUCGAGAGCGGGACGCCCGCGGCGGAGGCGGGCCUUCAGACGUAGCUCCGUCGGUUUUUGCGGAGUUUCGCGCGAGGUUGGAACAGCGUGCCGUAAAGGCGGGGGAUCUUCUGCUGCAGAUCAGCGGAGACGAGUGCCGAGGCCUCGCCCCAGACGACGCGGCGGCUUUGCUGAGGGGAACGGAAAACACUAAGGUCGGUAUUGUCGCGGAGCGGCCAGCUUCUGGCGGGGCGGCGGGGGAGAAGCUGGACUUGAUCGUUACUCGACGCAAGUUCAAGGUGGAGGGAGUCAUUCCGCGGGAAGCCACGGUCAACGGCCGGAAGAUUGGGAUAGUGCGGAUCAAGUCCUUCAGCUCGAACACCGCCGGGGACGUGAAGGCCGCGGUGGAGCGGUUCAAGUCCAGCGGAGUCUCUCGAAUCGUCGUAGACCUUAGGGGAAACGUCGGCGGACUACUGCCCGGCGGCAUAGACACGGCUGGAUUAUUCCUUGACUCGGGCAAGGACGUGGUGUUCAUUAUCCGCAAGAACGGCUCGGUGGAAGGCCGGACAACCUUGGAGGCGGGGCCGCAGGCGCAGGGGCUGCCCCUGACUCUUCUGGUUGACAAGGGCACCGCUUCUGCUGCCGAAGUGUUCGCCGCCGCCGUAAGAGAAAAUGAUCGCGCGAUGUUGGUGGGAGAGCGCACCUUCGGCAAGGGUGUCAUCCAGACGGUGGAGCCUUUGACCAACGGGGGAGGCGUGGCGGUUACAGUCGCAAGAUAUGAAACGCCGCUACACCACAACAUCAACAAAGUCGGGAUACCGGUGGACAAGGAGAUUGAGUGCCCGGCAAGCCGCGAUGCAGCCGAGUGCGAUAUAUGA